CCGUCCCGCCGUCCCGCCGUCCCGCCGUCCCGCCGUCCCUUUGAGCCGAGCGGCGGCCGAGGCGCUCGCCAUGGCGACGUUCAUCUCGGUGCAGCUGAAGAAGACCUCGGAGGUGGACCUGGCCAAGCCGUUGGUGAAGUUCAUCCAGCAGACGUACCCGAGCGGCGGCGAGGAGCAGGCCCAGUACUGCCGCGCGGCCGAGGAGCUCAGCAAGCUGCGCCGCGCCGCGCUCGGCCGGCCGCUCGACAAGCACGAGGGCUCGCUGGAGCCGCUGCUGAGGUAUUAUGAUCAGAUUUGUUCGAUUGAACCCAAGUUUCCAUUUUCUGAAAACCAGAUUUGUUUGACAUUUACCUGGAAGGAUGCUUUUGAUAAAGGUUCACUUUUUGGAGGAUCUGUAAAAUUGGCUCUUGCAAGCUUAGGAUAUGAAAAGAGCUGUGUGUUGUUCAACUGUGCAGCCUUAGCUAGCCAGAUUGCAGCCGAACAGAACCUGGACAGUGAUGAAGGAUUGAAAGCCGCUGCUAAGCAUUACCAGUUUGCUAGUGGUGCCUUUUUACAUAUUAAAGAGACGGUUUUAUCUGCCUUAAAUCGAGAGCCUACCGUGGACAUAUCUCCAGAUACUGUUGGGACCCUCAGCCUUAUUAUGCUGGCACAGGCCCAAGAAGUGUUUUUUUUAAAAGCCACAAGAGAUAAGAUGAAAGAUGCCAUCAUCGCUAAGUUGGCCAAUCAGGCUGCAGACUACUUUGGCGAUGCUUUCAAGCAGUGUCAGUACAAAGAUACGCUCCCCAAGUAUUUUUAUUUCCAGGAGGUGUUCCCCGUCUUGGCUGCAAAGCACUGUAUCAUGCAGGCCAACGCUGAAUACCACCAGUCUCUCUUGGCAAAGCAGCAGAAGAAAUUUGGAGAGGAGAUUGCAAGGUUACAGCAUGCAGCAGAAUUGAUUAAAACAGUGGCAUCUCGCUAUGACGAAUAUGUCAAUGUGAAGGAUUUCUCGGACAAAAUCAGCCGUGCCCUUACUGCAGCAAAGAAAGAUAAUGACUUCAUUUAUCAUGAUCGAGUUCCAGACCUUAAAGACCUAGACCCUAUCGGCAAAGCCACACUUGUGAAGCCCACCCCUGUCAAUGUGCCCAUCAGCCAGAAAUUCACUGAUCUGUUUGAGAAGAUGGUUCCUGUGUCGGUGCAGCAGUCUUUGGCUGCUUAUAAUCAGAGGAAGGCCGAUUUGGUUAACAGAUCGAUUGCUCAAAUGAGAGAAGCCACGACUUUGGCAAAUGGGGUGUUAGCUUCCCUUAAUCUUCCAGCAGCAAUUGAAGAUGUGUCCGGAGAUACUGUACCUCAGUCAAUACUGACGAAAUCCACGUCUGUGAUUGAGCAGGGAGGCAUUCAAACUGUUGAUCAGUUGAUCAGAGAGCUUCCAGAACUACUGCAGAGAAAUAGAGAAAUCCUGGAUGAGUCGUUAAGAUUGUUGGAUGAAGAAGAAGCAAGUGACAAUGACUUAAGAGCCAAAUUCAAGGAGCGCUGGCAAAGGACGCCGUCCAGUGACCUGUACAAGCCUUUAAGAGCAGAGGGUGCCAACUUUAGAACCGUUUUGGAUAAAGCUGUACAAGCAGAUGGACAAGUGAAAGAACGUUACCAGUCUCACCGUGACACCAUUGCACUUCUCUGUAAGCCAGAGCCCGAGCUGAACGCCGCCAUUCCUUCUGCCAAUCCGGCAAAGACCAUGCAGGGCACUGAGGUUGUACAUGUCUUAAAAUCCUUAUUGACAAACCUUGAUGAAGUGAAGAAGGAAAGAGAGAGUCUGGAGAGUGAUCUGAAAUCGGUGAAUUUUGACAUGACAAGCAAGUUUCUGACUGCCCUGGCUCAGGAUGGUGUGAUCAAUGAAGAAGCUCUUUCUGUUACUGAACUGGAUCGAAUCUAUGGAGGCCUUACAGCUAAAGUCCAAGAAUCUCUAAAGAAACAGGAGGGACUUCUUAAAAAUAUUCAGGUCUCACACCAGGAAUUUUCAAAAAUGAAACAAUCUAACAAUGAAGCUAAUUUAAGAGAAGAAGUUUUGAAGAACUUAGCUACCGCGUAUGACAACUUUGUUGAACUCGUAGCCAAUCUGAAGGAAGGCACAAAGUUUUACAAUGAGCUGACUGAAAUCCUGGUCAGGUUCCAGAACAAAUGCAGUGAUAUAGUGUUUGCACGGAAGACAGAAAGAGACGAACUCUUAAAGGACUUGCAGCAGAGCAUUGCCAGAGAACCUAGUGCUCCUUCAAUCCCUACCCCUGCCUAUCAGUCCUCUCCAGCAGGGGGGCACGCGCCAACCCCUCCAACGCCAGCGCCAAGAACCAUGCCGCCUGCUAAGCCUCAGCCCCCGGCCCGGCCUCCACCUCCUGUGCUUCCGGCAAAUCGAGCUCCUUCGGCUACUGCUCCGGCUCCGGCACCAGCCCCGGCUCCAGUGGCUACCGGGACCACUGCAUCAGCUCCGUCACAGAGCCCUGGUUCAGCUCCCCCUCCCCAGGCCCAGGGACCCCCCUAUCCAACCUAUCCGGGAUAUCCUGGGUAUUGCCAAAUGCCCAUGCCCAUGGGUUACAACCCUUACGCCUACGGCCAGUACAAUAUGCCGUACCCGCCGCUGUAUCACCAGAGCCCUGGACAGGCGCCGUACCCGGGACCCCAGCAGCCUUCCUACCCCUUCCCUCAGCCCCCGCAGCAGUCUUACUUUCCACAGCAGUAAUGUGUCUGUCCAGAGGCUCCGCUGGUUCAGUUCAAAGGGAGAGAAAUACCAAACCUGCAAUAAGUAUACUAAACUCCGCGCUCCGGUUGAUCUAAUGCACUCCUGCUGUGCCGAAUGCAGCGUGUAAGCCCUCGGCGUCGGCGGUGGAAGGCUAAACGUCCCGCGUGCCCCAGCUCCACUUUUGAUUGCACACACGAGACUUCCUGCUGUUGGCGGCAUGAACACUAGGUAUAAUAGGAUUUGAAAUAAAUUACACUACCGUUCGUAAAAAAGUUGAAAAUAAGAAAUUAAACCCGCAAGUGAAACGCUUGAAGCUAUUAUUAUACUUCAUACCUGAGGUGUGGCUGGGACAUCAGAUACUUAGAAUGACUUUUUAAGUACUGAUAUUCAGGAAAACUUAAGUUUUCUUUCUCUUUUGGUUUAUUGAUUUGGUUUGAUUUCCCUGAUACUAUUUUGAGUAAUCAAGACAUUGUAAAUCCUAUAAUUUAAAAAUAAAUUACUUAAGAACAGUUGUCAUUGUUAUGCUUUGUCGUUAUUCUCAUUCCUGGCUAAUGUCUUUCUGGUAGUAGCCUCUGAUUCUGUAUGUGCAAAAGUUAAAGGGAUGCCGUCUUCCAGUGCCUGAGUAGUGCAAGCUGGAAGUCAGGCUCAAGGAAAACUAGAAGAAUAGAACCGUAAUUUAUCUUUCACAUGCUGAUUAGUGAAUUAAUUUUGACAUUUCUUUUAAAAAGUCCUAUAAUGUGGAAGAAACACACAACUGCUACCAAAGAUUCUUCAAAUAAAGCUACAAAUAUGUAUAUUUAAGUUUUACUGUUAACUUCUCCAAGAAAUUGAUAACAAAUUCUGGUAAUCUUUUUUUUUUUUCUCUCAUAACCUGGUUAACAUAAAUACGUGUCACUGACAAUACUGUCUAAUGUAAUGGAAUUGUCUGAAGAAAGUUGAGCUGUACUCUGCCUUUCUGCCACCUAACUGUCUGAACUUAACCAACGUUUAAUGCACAAUGUGAAUGAAUGGCUCUAAGACCUUCCGUUUUUAUGCCACUAAGAGAAUGGACUGUGUUAUAAUCCAGGGAAUACACAAAACAAUUGCUUGGGAACACAUGCCGACUCUGGAGUAAGCUGUGGGCUUAACAGUAAUCGCUGCUGUUAGGGUUCCUGAUCACUGUAUAGACCUCAGUAAAGUAGUGAAGACUUGCGUCACCGAAUGUAGAAAGGAGCGGGUUGCCUAGCAUCUCAGUGGGAGCUCUCCUGCGGGAGCUUCGUUUGUGAACACAGUAGGCAUUUGAGCAGAUGGUCAAUGAAUCUGUUGAUCUCUUGAGUUUUAAUGCCGGCCCAUUCUUUCAUUAUUGUUUUGUCUAAAUGAUACUGGUACUUGAUCCACUGUUGUUCUCUUUGACAGUUCAGGUUUAUUUUCAGUGUUAGCCUGAAGGUAUGAUUGUAAGAGGGCAUGGAUUGGUUUAAAAAUACGUGUAUUACUUAAAAAAAUCUUAUUGUAUGUAGAAAACUUGGAGGCCUGUUACUUCAAUAUAAAUGACCUUUGAUUACGUGGAAUAUUGAAAUUGAUUUAAAGUCCAACAGUUAAGUCUUGGCAGAAGUAGUUUUUUUUACAUAUUGCUAAGUUUUAAUAAUAUGGAUCCAUCACAGUGUGACAUGGGCGCGUUUGUUGUAUAAAUGGCGUUUAAGUUCCGCAUUCUUAUUACUCACGAUACCAUAUACUAACACAGGACACUCAGUGAGAGUUUGGGAUAUCCCAGAUUGCUAGUUUAUAAUUCUUACUCAUGCAGAAACAACAAAACUGGCCUGAAUAUUCUCUUGGGGGAAGAGGGCACUAAAGAAAAGGGUAAGUGCAUCCAAGGGCCAAGAAGAGAAGUUCCGGGGCCAGGUAGCCUGCUCCUUGUGCUUAGCCAGGCCUGCUCCUGGAGAGCCACAGGGACAUCGCUCAAGCUCUAGGGAAGGAGGCCCCGCAGCUGCCUGUGACAGCCUCUUUCAGCACACCUGACUCUGCACCUCUGUUAGCAAAGUCUUUUUUACGCAGCAGCCCAGAGCCGUUCUCUCCACUGUGUUCACUCACCCCUAAGUAGCUGAAGAUACUUCCUUUUGGUCACCCAUGUCUAGGUGCACGUGACCAAGUUUCUGCAGCCCCUCACUGCUGGGUCUGUCUCCAAAGGCAUAUCUGGUUUCAGUAAUUACCAUCGCUCACGAGAGGAGGCUUUCCUCAUGGCUAUUUCACAUUCUUGUUAAGGAGCCGUGGUAACACGGCUGCUAACUGUCAGGUCGGCUGUUCGAACCCCCCAGCCACUCCACAGGGGAAAGAUGUGGCAAUCUGCUUCUAUAAAGAUUACAGCCUUUGAAACCCUAUGGGGAAGUUCUACUCUGUCUUAUAGGGUUGCUAUGAGUCGGAAAUGAUGGCAGCGUUUUUUUUUUUUUGUAAAGGAGAAGAAAGCCCUCGCUGAGAUUGUUACUGAACUUCUUUAUUCUUUACUUAGCUUUCCAUGUAUCACAAAUACCCUAAAGUUGUUGUGCGUAGUGCUGCGCAGUUGGAGGUAGGUGGAAGGUGUCACUGUGGUUCAGGCGUGUCGUGUACAUGGUUAUAGUUAGGCUCUUUGAUUAUCUUCCUAAGGAAAGGAAACCAUCUCCAGGCCAUUUACGUUGGGUUUUGGAGUACCAUUUUAAGAUAGAUUAUACUUAAAGUAAUGAAACAUUGCAUAGAGGACCUAGUUGGAAGUGGGGAAAAAGCCAUCCAACUUCUCUUACUCCUAGUUGGAGACAUGGCCUGACCUCUCAGUCUCUUGUCAAGUAUUGGUCUAAAGAGAGCUAGUCCUUUGCCCCUUAUUUUUUUAAUUCUCAGUUAAGAAAAGUAGUACAUUGCUGCAAACCAGUCAACCUUGUUGAAAUACUCCACACCCAGACACCCAGCUUCUUUGCAAUUAUUGUUUCCCCUCACAAAUCUAAGUAGUUAACAGAAAAAAAAGGGUGAGGUUUCACAGCCUUGUGUCCCUGACACCUCAUCCCAGUUGGCCUUUCCAGCCAAAACAGAUUUUAAAAACACUUUCCAUUAGAGCUUUACAGUUCACAGAGUGCUUUCUACACAUUUCUAAUUUCACAGCUGAAGUAGAACACAAUCUGUAAGUAGAUUUUAGUUUGCUAACGGGGAAAUAAUUUUUUUGUUAUGGUCAGUAUAUCUUGAAUCUUGCUCUAUAAUCUAGUGGCAUCUCAUUUUUAAGACUUCCACAAUUAUUAGUUGAUUCGUAGUACAGAAUAGGGUACAAAGUAGAAAAAAAGCAAUGUUGUGUUAUAAUUGCUGGUUUAAAAGUAGACUUUAGAACUAAAUGGUCGAUUAUAAGAUUUACGUGGAAGAGUAAAGAAGGAAAAAUUAUAUUUUUAAAGAGAAGAGAAUAUUCAGGCUUUAUUUCCAGUAUGAAGUUUAUAUUUUUAAAAAAAUCCUAUAUUAUCACACCAGAGAUUUUUGAUUCUUUUCUGGUUACAAAGCAUUGCUGGUAGUUGGAUUAUAUUUUUACUGUAUUCAUUUCUCUUAGGGGGAAGAUUGUAAAGAAACAAAAAGGUUCCAGAUGAAUGUAUCCUAGAAAUAAAAGUUGAAAGAUUCUUACUUAUUUGGAGUAUGAAUUCUUAUUUGAAGUGUUUUCUCCUUUAGCUUUGUGAAUUUCCAGACUUCCUUUGACAAAUGGUGUGGCGGGAAAUAAAAUGCCCACCUUGUACGCAACCGUGAAAGCGGCCGGGUGGUUUAAAUGUUUCCUUGUAGCUGCCAGCCUGUGAUCUAAUUCUGUGCAUCGGCUGUGGUUUUUGUUAAGAUUUGCCCCGGUCCUUUCAGAGGAAUAAUCUCUCCUCAGGUACCAUUUUUCUGGGUUAAUUUUUGAAAACGGUCAGCAAGAUUAUCAUCUUAGUUGAUCAGGGAAAGGGGGAUGGUAGAAUGUGUUCAUUUUUUAAAACAUUUACGUAUUUUUACCUUCUUCCUAGAUCUCCCAUGUUUUGAGGUCAGAAGCAACUGCUUUAUUAUAUAGCACAGGAUACUCAAGUUUUACUGGAAGACGUGUUGAUUUUCUGUGUUUGUCAGAUUUGUUGAACAGGUGCUAUCCAGCAAAUGAGCCAGUAGCCUGAUGCCCCAUUCCAUAUAUUGAAAACAUACAACACUUGGGCAUAGUUACACCUUGACUUUGUCUUCGCAUGUCUGGUAUCUUAAGGCCUGUAGUUUAAGUCCACCAGCUGCUCCUUGGAAAGCCCAUGGGGCAGUUCUACUGUCCUAUAGGGUCACUACGAGUCGGAAUCAACUCAGUGGCAAUGGGUUUGGUGUUUUGCCACCUGGCAAAGAGAGCGUGGAGCUGACACUGAGGGGUGCAGGAACCCAGAGGAAUGGGCUGAGAGACCAGUGGGACCUAAGGGACAGCUCCUGGAAUUUGGGUUCUGCUGAAGCCUGAAUGGAAGGGGUCUGAGAAGCUGUGCUUACUUGCACUGCUUGGGAGCUGCCUUUGAGCAGAUGUCAGCAGCCCUGGGGGUUUAAGAACUCAACCAGGCCUGCGCUCAAGAGAGCAGGCCACCGCCGACCAGCAUGUCUGCCUGCUAUGGGGCGUGUAGGCACGUGGUCGGCCUUUGAUGCCUGUUGGCAUGCCUGCUGGCUGGGGACCCUCGUUUCCCUGAGUUCUGGGACCCCAAUAGCCUGCCUUUUUCCUAAGUUGCCCAAGUGCCUUGCAACUGAGCCAAGUGAGAAAGGGAGAAGGUGAAGGGUCCUAUUACCAUGAUUUCUGAAGUUCUGUUAUUUUUAACUGUUUCAGGCUUUGCAUACUUCGAAGCCGUUUGACUCAAAUUCAUGUUAUUUGUGUCUAUCAUGAACAAGAAGUGACCUUUAUUCUUUUUGCACCUUGGGUUAUAUUUUGUUAAUGUCACCACUCUUGCUUUUUGUUUACUUUAUUACGUGUACCUUGGUUUUCCUCGUUGCCGUUGAGUCUAAAACCUUGGUUUUAGAGAUUGAGGUUUAGUUACUUGAUCCAAUCUGCCCCAAUCCUUUUUUUUUCUUAAUUAAAAAUGUUUUUUAUGGCAGUCUAAUAGGGAAGUAUGGAGCCCUGGUAGCAUAGUGGUUAAGAGCUCAGGUGGUUAACCAAAAUGUCGGCAGUUUGAAUCCACCAGCUGCUCCUUGGAAACCCUUUGGGGCAGUUCUGCUCUGUCCUAUGGGGUCCCUAUGAGUUGGUAGUGGGUUUGUUUUUUUCUGGUUUGGAAUAGGGAAAUAUAACCAGUUGGUAAUUUUGUUAAAAUCAUAAUUUAUAUGCUAUUUUGCCAUUUUGUCUGAUAUAAACAUUUUGUGUUUUCUAUUUCCUUUUCCUGUCUUUCAUUUCUUGGGUUAUGUUUUCUAGUGAUUUGGAACCAUUUUUGAGGGCAUUAGUCGACUAUUGUCUUCCCUCCUUUCCUCUGCCAAAUCUUUAGUGUUUUAAAAUGGCAUUAUUUUUACUUUAUGCAUCUCGAUUUGAACCCUUGACCUUUGCAUUCAGCCCCCUGUAUAACAGAACAAAAUACUGCCCCGCCUGGCACAUGCUCACAGUCAUUGUUAUGCAUGAGCCCAUUGUUGCAGCCACUGUGACAACAUAGUCGCUUAUAACCCAGGAAUAGCUGGGCCCUCUCUGUCCCCUUCUCAGGGUGGCCUUUGAACAUUCAGGAGGUUUGGUCUUGCCUUUCUUAAUAUCUGCCUUCCUCAGCUCCCCCAGAUGCGUGGGCUUCUCUGUUGCCAGUGAGCAGCCGUGAUUCCUGAUGAGGUCCCCCAGCAGACCAAUGCCCCCUUUGUCCACUGGAACCUGGAAGAAAAGGGAUGAAGAAGAAUGGCCCCUUCAGCCUCCACCAGCCUACGACAGUAGACUGGACUGUAUGAUAUAUUCUUAAAAUUAGUUCACUCUUUGAAUAGAUAAUACUUGCAUGUGGUACAAAAUUCAAAAGCUAUAAAAAGGUGUGUGUUAAAAAGCAAGUGUCCUUCCUAUACCCACCUCUCAGUGACCCAGUUUGCACCCUCAGAGACUUUCUGCUCCCAGCGCCCAGAGCUCCGGUUGUGUUUAGGUUUAUAAACUCCCAGAAGCGGAGGGUGUGACCUUCUAUGGGAAGGGGCACUGUGAAUUGUGACAGUUGGAUCUAAAACCAAAAUCUGCCUUGGAUUCUUUCAUGGAGGGCAUACACACACACGUGGCCGUCAAGUCGACUGUGACUCUUGACGACCUUAUAGGACAGAGCAGAACUGCCCCGUGAGGUUUCCAAAGAGUGGCUGGUAGAUUCGAACUGCCGACCAUUUGAUUAGCAGCUGAGCUCUUAACCACCGCGCCACCAGGGCUCCCAUGGAGAGCAAAGCCUGCAUUCUUAGCUGGAAACCUGUGAGAGGUAGUUUUAAGUUCAGCUACCCCUGACAUUAACCGUAAUGACAGGUGUGAGUCACCACUAAUCUCUAAUCCGACUGUACUUUGUGGUUUUUCGUAAUUAUCCAGAGCACGUGUCAUAAUCAUUUACACAGAUUUAUAUUUUAGACCCACGUUUUCAUCAAGAAAACCUUUAAUAUUGAAUCAUAGAAAAUAGCUGUGUUUAAAGAGGGACCAGAGCGUAACGUUAAUUUCCUUUGGAAGUGCGGUAGGCAGCAUUAGAAUAAUGGCUCAAG